GGCCACAAAACGCAAAAGAAACUCAUCGGAAAGAGAAAAAAGAAAGCAGCGUUAGCGAGCGAAAGCAGAGAGUGCAGAAGCCAGACUGAAUUGAAACGAACUGUGGAUCUAACGGUAAACCUUUCGGCCACGCCUCUAAAUUAACACAAGGAGCUAUCUGCCCUGGAAUUAAUCCCGCAGCACGCCCCCAACAACCAACACAAGCUUCUUCAUGAUGUCGUCGGAUCAACAGUUCUUUCUGAAAUGGAACGAUUUUCAAACGAAUAUGGUGACCUCUUUCCGUCACUUGCGCGACGAGAAAAGCUUCACAGAUGUAACACUCGCUUGUGAGGGCCAAACCUGCAAAGCACACAAAAUGGUGCUUUCCGCAUGUAGUCCCUACUUUAAAGCGCUAUUAGAGGAAAACCCAUCGAAACACCCAAUUAUCAUCCUGAAAGAUGUCUCCUACAUUCACCUACAGGCUAUUCUGGAGUUCAUGUACGCCGGCGAGGUGAAUGUGUCCCAAGAACAGUUGCCAGCAUUUCUUAAGACCGCCGAUCGCCUCAAAGUGAAAGGCCUGGCAGAGACACCCAGUUCAAUAAAGCGGGAGGGUUGAUAUUGGUAUUAAACAAUAAACAAAACAACAAAAAAAUACAUAAAACACAACAAAAAAGAAUGAAACAAGAAAGGAACUAUAAGAAACUUAUAAUGUAUGCAAGAAAACAAAACAAAAUUCCAAAAAAGAAAAGGAAAAAACAUAAUGAGAACGACAUUUGAUAUACAAGAAAUUCAUGUAAAAGUACACUAGGAACACACACAAAGCUGACAGAUAGAAAUGAUUAGCCUGUAAAGAAACAAAGGUGGUGUUAACUCCACCUCUGCCCCACUCAUUCACAUGACCUUCCAAUUUGCAAGAACCGAAGUCCCCACUGAACUUGAUUUGAAUUAUGUAUUCGUUUGAUUUCUGCAUAAAAUAGUUUGUAAUAUAUUAUUAACAAUUACAAAAUAAAAUGGACAAAAACACAUCCACUCUGUAUAAAAGCAACGAUUAAGAAAUGCCCUGACAACACAAGCAAAAAAACAAAACUAGAAAGCGCACUUUUGUAAAGUAAUUAAAAGAGGGUUCAUUCAAAUAAAUAAAGAUAAUUAUAAAUAUAGUGUGAAAUGUGCAAGUAAAAGGAUAAAGAGCCGGACCGGGCGCGAAUAUUGCAACACAUUCGGUUAGUUUAUAAGCCACUAACUAACUACAACCCCAGACAUGCCACGCCCCCAAGAAACAAACAAACACAGACACACUGCAAACUGCACUCACUUUCCAAGCGACACACACGCAUCCCUCAUCUACACUUAAAGAAUAAACAAAUAGAAACAAAUGCAAAGCUGUACUUUAA